AUGCCCACCAUGAGAGCAUUCCAAUUUGACGAUGUGCAAGGCGGUCUUCAAUCGAGGACCAUACCACGUCCCCGACCAGAGCAAGGCCAAGUGAUCAUCCAGGUCACAGCAGCUGGUCUGUGUCACUCCGACUGCAUCAUCCUCCAGGACGAUCAAUACAGCAUGAUCAUGAAACGACCGAUAGUACUAGGCCAUGAAGUCGCCGGGACAAUCGUUGAACUCGGUCCAGGUGUUUCGGAUUAUGAAAUCGGUGACAGGGUCGUGGCAGGUAUCCCCACCCAUCCCGUGGCCGAGGACAGUUUAUCCAAAGCGGUCGGGCUCGGUUAUGACGGUGGUUAUGCAGAGCAAACCAUGGCCUGGGUGCAGAAUCUCAUCCGUAUCCCGUCGGCCGUCUCUUUUGCACAGGCUGCCGUCGCGACCGAUUCGAUCGCAACGGCCUAUCACGCCGUGGUCACCGAAGGUCAUGUCGGUCCCGAUAGCACCGUGGCUAUUGUCGGGCUCGGUGGACUGGGUCUCUCGGCCAUUCAGAUUGCUGGUCUUCGUGGAGCUCGGGUGUAUGCGGUGGAUAUUGAUGAGAGUAAAUUCCCUCUUGCUCGGGAUCUAGGCGCCGUCGGGUGCGCCAACGGACUGGAUCAAUUCCAUGAUAUCGUGUUUGAUACUGUGGUUGACGUUGCCGGUGCUGGCAUAACGACUGCGGCAGCAGUGAACGCCGUCAAACCAUGCGGUCGUGUGAUAGCUGUUGGUCUGGUUGCGAAGCAGAUGAGCUUGGAUACUCAUGCUCUAAUUACCAGGAACAUCACCCUGCAGGGAUCGAUCGGGUCAAGUCUGGACGAACUAAAGGAGGUCUUAAGACUCAUCGCCGACGGACGCCUUUCUCCCGUUUUAGAGGAGAUUGCUUUCGACAGUAUUCCACAAGGACUAGAGCGACUGGUGGAAGGAAAGGUGACUGGCCGUUUAUUCACAAAUCCGACUACUGUAUCUAAUCGGCCCUGA